AUGGCUGAAAAUGAGAAAAUACUGCUGAAAAAAAUAUUCAAAAAGGAAAGCUAUGAUUAUUCUUCGCCCUCGGAGUCACCAACUAUUGUCUUACCCUUCAUGUUUAUUGACCACAUCGAACAACUUAAUCAAAAGCAGCAGUUGAUCGAUAUGCAUUGUAGCAUGUUGUUUCACUGGACUGAUAAAAGAAUUGUUUGGGAACCGCGAGAUUACGGUAAUGUUGGCAAAAUCGUACGACAAAAAAGUGAUUUACCAAGAAUGUGGAAACUGAGGAAUGACCAGGCAAUGCAAUAUUUCAAUACCCAAGUAACGCUGAUCAGUAAUGGAGCAGUUUAUGCACAGGUGAUGCUAACAAUUCGCUCAACAUGUUCUUUGGAUUUCAGUGCAUAUCCAAAUGAUGUUCACAGUUGUUUAUUAACUAUGUUCACACCAUUACCAUUGUCCAAAUUGAAAUUCUCAAGAUGGACAUCAUUAACAAAGAAAUCGGAUAUAUUCGGUAGUUUGAUAAAUGAACUGCGGACCAUCCGAUCUGGUGAAUUUGAAGUUACGAAUCUAUCCGCAGCGUUGCUCUUUAUCCUUCCACUGGGCAAAAUUACUGCCAAUGAAAGCGCAGAACGACCUGAAAUGAUGCGUUCAAUAAUACGUUUUGAGAUAAAAUUUCGCAGAAUCGUUUAUUACUAUUCGGUGACAAUCGCUUUACCAUUAUUUUGUUUGGCAACGAUAACUUUUAUGGUAGGAACAGUCGUAUCUCCCCCCAGUUCCAUUAUAUGGCUUCUGUUAUGUUUUGCCGUACAGAUUCUGAAUUACACUCAGAUGCUGAAGAGGUUACCACCUGACCAGAAGAAUACUCCUUUCUGUGCAAAAAUGGCUACUAUAAUGCUAGCAGAAACGUUGGCAUUAAUUAUUUACCGUGUGGCAAUAACUUAUAAAUAUAAUCAUUCUAUCGGUGGAAAAGAAAUAUCCAGAUGUUCCAGGAUGCAGAAAAUCGAGAAAAUACUCCGGAUUUUAUUUACCCUUCAUACUCUCCUAAACGCUGUUUUGUUGUUUUGUUGA